CGCGUUACCUAAGCAUUCAGUGUCUCAUUCCAGCACGAUCAAGUCUGCCGGGAAGGGGAUUUGCUCUCAGCCGACAUUUCAACUGAAUUUGUUUAAUUUAUACCUAAGAUAAACAACGCAGUUUUAUUCCUUUAAACUUAACGGGUGAAAUAUUAUUUGACCUGUAACGUUUGUAUUCGUGAUUUUGUACAAAAAAGCUAAGUGAACGCUAGCCGCAUUAGCUUGGAGGAGCUAACAAAGAAACUUGAAUUUCUUCAGAAAAAAAUCUCCCACUUUUCUCUUUAGUUAUGAGUCAUGUGGUCAUUGAUAAUCAGCACGGUCUAGAUCAGCAGCUUGCUGCCCUAGACUUAAACUCUGCUGACGGACAAGGCGGGGGGACUGGCAGGCGUUACAUUCCACCUCAUCUGAGGAACAAAGAUGUUUCCAAAAAUGCAGGAAAUGCUUAUUCCGCUGGUAGACAGUGCGGUUAUUCAGUGGCACCAGUAAAUCUCUUUUCUUCCAAGCAGUUCCCACAAACAUGGCAGCAAGAGUGUCAGCAAAGACACCGAAAUACCUCUGCUUCAGGAUGGGAAGACUGUAAGAUGGGUUAUCCAAGAAUGGCGUCCCAAGAGCUUGCCUUUUACCACGCCUACGACAGUGGGGGCUGGCGGUCCAGAUGCGACUCUCCUGGGUGGGACGCAGGGCGCUCUAAUGGAUUUGUGAAUGGUUACCAUGACAAUCGCACAAAUGGUGGCUUUGGAGGUCGCGGACCUACCCGCAAUGACAGAGGUGGGCGUGGCUCCUACCGUGGUAACAGGGGUGGAGGUUCUUUUAAUCCACCUUUACAGAACGCAGGCUUCGGGGUUUAUGAAAACAAAGUUAGUAACUGGGGAGGGCAGCAGCAGCAGCAGCGUGACCCUGCCUACAACAGCUUUGGAGGACGGAACGAUCGGACCAAAACCGCCUUCUUCAAUGACCGUGGGGCAAGCUCCAGGGGCAGAUAUGAGCGUGGAGGUUUUUCUAGUGGAGGAAACAGCCGCUGGGUGGAAGAGGCCAGAGAAGAUGAUUGGUCUAAACCCACUCCUGCUAAUGAGCGCCAGGAACGCGAACUUUUCUCAGGAAGCAACACAGGGAUAAACUUUGAGAAAUAUGAUGAUAUUCCUGUUGAAGCAACCGGAAACAACUGCCCACCCCAUAUUGAAAGUUUCCAUGAUGUGGACAUGGGGGAGAUUAUUAUGGGCAACAUCAAUCUGACUCGUUACACUCGUCCUACUCCUGUCCAGAAAUAUGCCAUCCCCAUCAUCAAAGCUAAAAGAGAUCUCAUGGCCUGUGCCCAGACUGGCUCUGGUAAAACAGCUGCUUUUCUUCUGCCUGUACUCAGUCAGAUUUACACUGAGGGACCAGGUGAUGCUUUGCAGGCUGCCAAGAGCAGUGGACAGGAAAAUGGAAGGUAUGGCCGCAGAAAGCAGUAUCCCAUCUCCCUUGUCCUGGCUCCAACUAGAGAGCUGGCUCUGCAGAUCUAUGAUGAAGCCAGAAAGUUUGCCUACCGAUCACACGUGCGUCCCUGUGUGGUUUAUGGUGGAGCUGACAUUGGUCAGCAAAUCAGAGACUUGGAAAGAGGCUGCCACGUGCUGGUGGCCACGCCUGGGCGUCUGGUAGACAUGAUGGAGAGGGGAAAGAUUGGUCUGGACUAUUGCAAUUAUCUGGUCCUAGAUGAGGCUGACCGCAUGUUGGACAUGGGUUUUGAACCUCAGAUCAGACGCAUUGUGGAACAGGACACAAUGCCCCCUAAAGGCAUGCGUCAGACUAUGAUGUUCAGUGCCACCUUUCCCAAGGAGAUCCAGAUCCUGGCUCGAGAUUUCCUGGAGGACUACAUUUUUCUGGCUGUGGGCCGUGUUGGAUCUACCUCAGAAAAUAUCACACAGAAGGUGGUUUGGGUGGAAGAACUGGACAAGCGCUCCUUCCUCCUUGACUUGCUCAAUGCUACAGGUAAAGACUCCCUGACUCUGGUGUUUGUGGAAACUAAGAAAGGAGCCGAUUCUCUGGAGGACUUCCUGUACCGCGAAGGCUACGCCUGCACUAGUAUCCAUGGUGACCGCUCCCAGAGAGACAGAGAGGAGGCGCUGCAUCAGUUCCGUUGUGGUCAAUGCCCCAUCUUAGUAGCUACAGCUGUGGCUGCAAGAGGUCUUGACAUUUGCAACGUGAAGCACGUAAUUAACUUUGACUUGCCCAGUGACAUUGAGGAGUACGUUCACCGUAUCGGCCGUACGGGACGUGUGGGCAAUUUGGGUUUGGCCACGUCGUUCUUUAACGACAAAAACAGCAACAUAACCAAAGACUUGCUGGACAUCCUAGUGGAGGCCAAGCAGGAAGUUCCCUCCUGGCUGGAGAGCCUUGCCUACGAACACCAGCACAAGACCACCACCCGCGGACGCUCCAAGAGGUUCUCUGGGGGCUUUGGAGCACGAGACUAUCGUCAGACGCCAGGUGGAUCCGGAAGCUUUGGUGGAAAUCGCACAGCGCGCAACCCUGGUGGUCAUGGAGGAAACCGUGGAUUUGGUGGCGGCGGCUUUGGUGGAAACUUCUACAACAACGAUGGCUACGGAGGAAACUACUCCAGCAGCGUGGACUGGUGGGGAAACUGAGGGGUAGAAACAGAAAACCACAUGUAAGACUGGAGCCAGACCAUAACCCUCCUCCUCACUGACACACAGUACAUUACCAACGUCACCAGCACGUGCACGACCACCACUGCGCACAGCAGAAGAACGCACAGACGUGUGCAGGCUUGAGUUAAAGUGCACACGCUGACGUGCAUCGUCUGACGUCGAACAGCGUGUUUCACUCUUCAAAGUGUAUGUGUUGGGUUUUUUCUUUCUUUUUUUUUUUUUUUGGGGGGGGGGGUUUAAAAAAAAAAAAAAAAAAGCUGUUAAUGUACUGUGCCUUUAAAUUAGAAACGGGAAAUCUUAAGUUUUCAUUUCACCAGAAUGGGAAAUAACCACGGCCACAAGCUCUAAAUUUGUUAAGUAUUUUGUUUGGUGAGACAACAAAAAAAAUAAUAUUAAAAGAAAGCUUGGACUUGAUCAAACCUUGGCAAAUACUGGGGGCGCUGUUUGUUCCUGGAAAUUCUUGAUUCCAUUUGAAGAAAAAAAAACAAACAAACAAACACUCGAAAUAAUCACAGGAAUGUGUCAACGUUUGUUCCUAGGUAGCGUUCUUUCUACAACAGGCACAAAACAGUGACGGAAGCCGCCAAUUAUUAAUGUGGAAA